CUUGCCCCUGUUUGUCACACUGUCGCCCGGCCAUUGUUUUGCUGCACGCCGUUGCAUUACGCUAGUGCUCGUCUACACAACUCAUCCGUGGACGCCGGUCGCCUGCCUGCAGGUGCGCAUCGGCUAUGCUAUCCGCGCGGUGUGGCGUCGCAUUGAGUCUGUGUGGUGCUAUCGCCUUGGCCGGGCGCCCGGAGCGUGAGGAAUGCGCGUCAGCAAAACAUCGACACAACCUGCCAGCUACCGUCGGUACAGUAACAGCGCGUGAACGACGCACCAAUGCCUUGUCCCUUCUUGCUACGCAUUUAUGUGGGCACGGGUGGGAGCCACACACAUCGGGACUACGCUUUCCUGCCCCUUGCCAUGUUCCAUCACGAGCUUCAAUGCAGGGGCAAGUGCAGGGGCGGGACGUCAACUCUGCAACCAACAUCCGGCACGCGCUGGUGGAGAUGCUGCUUGGAAACGUGCGGCCCGCAUCACUACAGCCUGGCGGCGGUGGCGGCGGCGGCGGCGGCCCAGCAGCGGCCCAGCAGCGACACAGCGACAGCGGCACGUGUGCGCAUGUUGGUAGCGGAGGGGACGGGAACGGCCACGUGGAGGAGAGCGCAGCGUCGCCCAAAACUUGGCGCAAGCGCGCAGGCUGAGGGGCUGGCCGCCGCUGUCUAGCUAGGUAGCAGGCCACAAUGGGGUGAGCAGGGUAUGCUUGGCAGGGGGCAGCAGCAGCAUGACAAGUAGUGCGGCUUUUGUCAAUUGUGUGGUGUUGGAAAGUCGCCGGUAUGGUCGACUGUCACUCACACUAGUUACACGGGUUACACCGAACGUUAGGCAAUGCAGGAAGUAGCAUGCCUAGGAAAGUGAGGAUGAACGGGCAAUGCAACAGGUGCUGCGGGCGCAAGUAGCCGGGGAAGUUGCAUGCGGACGUUGCGCGAUCUAGGCGGGAUAUAAGCCGGCGUUGGCACGCCGGACUUACACCAGUCUUAUUCUACCUUACUGGGUCAAUGUAACAGUAUAAGGAA